UGCGCAUGCGCCAACCAACUCCACACGUUUUUUUUUUUAGAAUUCUUUAAAAAUAAACCCGUUUUACCUCGAUGUCGGUGAAUUAUCCCACUCCUUUCUACUCCCACACGGGCCGGGGGGAGUUCAGUGAGGUGUACGAGCCCGCGGAAGACUCUUUUUUACUGAUAGAUGCGCUGGAAAAAGACGCAGAGAUGCUGAAGGAAAGGAGUCCAAGUGUGUGUUUGGAGGUUGGCAGCGGGUCUGGAGUUGUGUCUGCGUUUCUGGCGUCUGUGCUUGGACCUGCAGCCUUGUACAUUUGCACAGACGUGAAUACUGCUGCUGCAAAGUGCACAGCCAAAACCUCCUCUUGUAACAACAUCUCCCUGCAGCCUGUCAUCACUGAUUUGGUAGAUGGUCUAUUGCCACGGUUGAAAGGCAAAGUGGACGUGCUGCUGUUUAACCCUCCCUACGUGGUCACGCCUUCUGAGGAGGUGGGCAGUUCUGGUAUAGAAGCUGCUUGGGCCGGAGGAGAGCGAGGCAGAGAGGUUGUCGACAGACUCCUGCCUGUCGUCUCAAAACUACUGUCUAAAAAUGGGCUGUUUUACCUCAUUACUAUCGUCGAGAAUAACCCAGAUGAGAUAAUGAGUGUUCUGGGUGAGUGUGGUCUGAGUGGAGAUGUCUGUUUGAAGACGAGAGCCGGAAACGAGCGACUGUCAGUGCUGCGGUUCAGAUGGAGAGAGGGAGCGUGAGCUGCUAAAGGGUGAUGUGUCCGUCUUCUCUGAGCCGCACGGUGCCGCUGGCCACGAGCUCCAUCGCCGCCGGGAACGCGCGAUGUUCCGC